AUGGUCAACUCCUGUUGUGGCUCUGUCUGCUCUGAGGAGGGCUGUGGCCAAGGCUGCUGCCAGCCCACUUGCUGCCAGACCACCUGCUGCAGGACCACCUGCUGCAGGCCCAGCUGCUGUGUGUCCAGCUGCUGCAGCCCCAGCUGCUGUCAGUCUGUGUGCUGCCAGCCCCCCUGCUGCCGCCCCAGCUGCUGCCGCCCCAGCUGCUGCAUUUCUAGCUGCUGCAGGCCUUCCUGCUGCCGCCCCAGCUGCUGUCGCCCUAGCUGCUGUGUGUCCAGCUGCUGCAGGCCAUCUUGCUGCAUCUCCAGCUGCUGCCGCCCCUGCUGUAGCAGUUCCAGCUGUUGCCGCCCCAGCUGCUGCAUUUCUAGCUGCUGCAGGCCUUCCUGCUGCCGCCCCAGCUGCUGCAUUUCUAGCUGCUGCAGGCCUUCCUGCUGCUGCCCCAGCUGUUGCCAGGCCACCUGCUGCCGCCCCAGCUGCUGUAUGUCCAGCUGCUGCCGCCCCACCUGUUGUAUUUCUAGCUGCUGCAGGCCUUCCUGCUGCCGCCCCAGCUGCUGUGUGUCCAGCUGCUGCAGGCCCCAGUGCUGCAUCUCCAGCUGCUGCCGAUGCAGUGCUGUUGUAGCCCAUGCUGCUGCCAACCAUGCUGCUGCCAGACCACCUGCUGCAGGACCACCUGCUGCCAACCCUGCUGCUGCCAAACCUGUUGUUGUGGCUACAACUGCUGCUAGACCACCUUCUGAUGUUGGAAUGCUGCUGCACAUCAGGACAGCCACCUCUCCGCAGGGUAUAAAAGCAGACAUGGGCAUAAAGUCCAACCCACCUUCUUGCAAACACUUACAGACCUUCCAGCCUCUGACAAGAUGCAGUGCUGUUGUGGCCCAUGCUGCUGCCAGCCAUGCUGCUGCCAGCCAUGCUGCUGCCAGCCAUGCUGCUGCCAGCCAUGCUGCUGCCAGCCAUGCUGCUGCCAGCCAUGCUGCUGCCAGCCAUGCUGCUGCCAGCCAUGCUGUUGUGGCCCAUGCUGCUGCCAGCCAUGCUGCUGCCAGCCAUGCUGCUGUCAGACCACCUGCUGCAGGAACACCUGUUGCUGCCCCUGUUGCUGUCAACCCUGCUGUAGUGGCUGCAACUGCUACUAGAACACCUGCUGGAGAAACAGCUGCCUUAUGGACACCUGUUCUUCACCAAUAUGCCCCAUGCUUCAUACUCUUGGCCAUUCUUUCCCAUUCUUCUCUCUAA